AUGCGGUACUUUCAGGACCCGCAGUCUAACACAUGUGCCACAUGCAUCCGCAAUUCCACCUCGCCAGCUGCAGUCCCUUAUGGGCCCGGCGGUUGCCCAGAGAAUUUUGUCUUCGAACAACGAGAAGUUUGCGCGACUCCACCCAGCGAGGGCUCAUUUCAACAGACCGAUGGUGUGGAACUGGCCAGGUGCAGUUCGCUGGGUGCUGGCUGGGUGACUUCAAGAACCAUCCCUCAGGGCUGCACCGCAAACACGUCUUCAGGAACGGUCGUGCUGGAGGCUACCAAAUAUGUGUGCACGGCAUGUGUCCCUGCACCCGUGGUGAAGCAGUGGGAGGAGUUUGCAGGUCCCUUCAACCGAGUUUGCCGUGGUGCUGGCCCCACGGACAACAAUCCCAGCUACUUCGAGGUGCGCCAGAAAGUUCCGAGCGUGGAAGCUUGUCAAGCUUUGUGCUUGGAGGAGCUGGGAGAAGAGGGAUGCAAGGGUAUUGAGUUCAAUCGCAACAGCAAGCGUUGCGAGUUGUGGAAGCGAAAGGAAGGCAUCUGGGCCUUCUCUUAUCCUCAAUGGGAAGGCUUCACCUGCCUCCGCUACGGCUGGCCGGGCAAGUUUCUCAACCCCGUGAAUGGGGGCCUGGACCAGGCCUGCCGCGGAGCCGGUGGGCAGAACUCCGCCGGCUUUUAUGUGGUGGAGGCGGUGCGCCAUAUGGAGGACUGCCGGGCCCGAUGCGUGGCCGCUCCGAUUUGCAAAGGCCUGGAGUUCAGCAAGGGUCGUUGUGAGAUCUGGCACUCUGAGGUUGUCACCAGCGAAGCCAAGGCCGGCUUCGAAUGCUUGCGCUAUGAGCAGACCUGCAUGCUGCCGCCGAGGGAGUUUCUGGUGCAGGCCUGUGAUGUUUGGCUGCGCCUCCGCUACUUGCUCACCCAGAAAGCGCAUAAGGAUAUCCAGAUUCCCAAUGAGGAGGGCGACGAUGGAGUUAGCGAGGACGAGGCUCCUGAGGACGAGGAGAGUGAGUCUACGGAGCAUAUUAUGGAGUUCAUGGAUAAGCUCCAAAAGAUGGACAAGUCCCAUCUCUCUGAAGCGCAGCGCAAGAAAAUGGAGGAAGAGAAGAAGAAGAAACGGCUUCAAGCGCUGAAGUUCAAGAUGAGGCAGUCCUGGCUGAAGAGGCUGCACGCCGUGUUGAGGCACAGCUGGGACUUGUUGAGUCCGCAGACGAGGGCCAGCCUGCUGUCCUAUGCUGCCACUGAUUGCGGCACAGGUUUCCGCCAGAUUGUAGAGGAGGCCAUGCACGAUCAGCGAGAUCUGGAGAUGAUCGAGGAGACAGGGAUCAACGGCUUCCUCGCGCGGCACCUGUCUAGCCUGGCCUUGGGCCUCGCCGAGGGCACCCGCUGUGUUACCUGGCAGGCGGAGCACGCCUACGAGCGCCUUGGCCGGAGACCU